AUGGCAGCUCCACAAGGGGGUUACCCUCCUCAGGAAGGGUACGGCCAGCCUGGCUACAGCUCCCCAGACCCUCAGCACCAGUCGUCCGUCCCCGCGCAAGGUGCGCCCGCCCCUGUCGCCGCCGGAGGAAAGAAGAAGAGAACCUAUGCUGGCGAGGCCUUUGACUUUGGCUCUGGUGCCAAUGCUGCACUCGGUGGUCAGCCCACGGCCGGAGGUGCCUACGGUGCCUACCCUCAGCAGCCACAAGCCCAGGCCAUGGGAUAUCAACAACCGGCGUACGGCGCCGACCCAAGCCAGAUACAGCCCGCACUAGCAGCUUACGCUCAGCCCGGGCCUGAAGUUGCGCAAAUGACCCAGCAGUUCGGUGGCAUGGGCAUGGCUGAGCCGCACCACAUGCCCCCGCCUCAGCAGCAGCCCGUGGUGCAACCCGCUCGCCAGGUCCAACUCAACCAACUCUAUCCGACAGACCUCAUCUCUCAACCCUUUAACGUCGCGGAGCUGGACUACCCUCCACCUCCCAUCGUUCUGCCCCCGGGGAGCAGUGUUUACCCCUCGCCCGAUGCCAAUUGCCCUUCGAAAUACAUGCGGUCCACCCUGAACGCGGUUCCGACAAAUAAUUCACUCCUUAAAAAGUCCAAAUUGCCAUUCGCUUUGGUGAUCCAGCCCUACGGAGCUCUUCACGACCAGGAGGACCCCAUCCCCGUCAUUCCGGACCAAGUGAUUUCACGAUGCAGACGCUGCCGGUCUUAUAUCAACCCCUUUGUCACCUUCCUCGAUCAUGGUCACCGCUGGCGCUGCAACAUGUGUAACCUCACGAACGACGUGCCCCAGGCGUUCGAUUGGGAUGCGACACUGCAGAAGCCGGCCGACCGCUCUCUGCGUGCCGAUCUGAACCAUAGCAUGUUGGACUACUCCUCCGUCACCAGCGGUCUGCUGGCUACCAGCGCACGCUGCAUCAAGGAGAGCCUUGACCGUAUUCCCAACGCAGACCGACGGACCAGAUUGGGCUUCAUUGCCGUGGAUUCAAGCCUGCACUACUUUAGCAUCCCUCGGGAUCAGUCAGAAAGCUCCGAGGCCCGGAUGCUGGUUGUCAGUGAUCUCGAUGAACCCUUCUUGCCCAUCCCCACCGAUCUUCUCGUGACGCUGAGCGAAUGCCGGGAGAACAUCGAGAACUUCCUCGACAAAUUGCAGGAGAUGUUCCAGAACACCCAGAAUAACAGCUGUGCUAUGGGUUCGGCUUUGCGGGCUGGUUACAAGUUGAUCUCCCCCGUUGGAGGUAAGAUGACUGUACUGAGCGCUUCUCUGCCCAAUAUUGGCCAUGGAGCUCUCACCAUGCGUGAAGACAAAAAGGUGCUGGGCACAAACAAGGAAUCGGCUCUUUUACAAACGGCCAAUUCGUUCUACAAGAGCUUUGCAGUCGAAUGCUCCAAGGCCCAGGUGUCUGUGGAUAUGUUCCUCUUCUCGUCGCAGUACCAGGACGUGGCAUCUCUGAGCAACUUGCCCCGCUACACUGGUGGCCAGACCUAUUUCUAUCCCGGCUGGAAUGCCGCUCGGAGUGAAGACGCCGUUAAGUUUGCUCGGGAGUUUUCCGAGUACCUCUCGUCAGAGAUUGGUCUGGAGGCUGUUCUCCGUGUGCGUGCCACCACCGGUCUUCGGAUGAGCACUUUCUACGGAAACUUCUUUAACCGCAGCUCCGAUCUCUGCGCCUUCCCCGCCUUCCCCCGCGAUCAGGCAUACGUGGUCGAGGUGGCUAUUGAUGAGACUGUCGCAAAGCCGAUCGUCUGUCUGCAAGCUGCCGUUCUUCACACCACCUGCAACGGCGAACGUCGCAUCCGUGUCCUCACGUUGGCUCUGCCUACUACCACCAACUUGGCCGACAUCUAUGCCUCGGUUGAUCAGCAGGCUGUUGCGACCUUCUUCAGCCACAAGGCCGUUGAACGUACGUUGAGCAGCGGUCUCGAGCCUGCUCGCGAGGCUCUUCAAGCCAAGCUCAUCGAGCUGUUGACCACUUACCGCAAGGAACUUGCUGGGGGCAGUGUUAGUGGCGGUGGCCUGCAAUUCCCAGCCAACAUGCGUGGCCUGCCCGUUCUCUUCCUGGCCAUGAUCAAGAACCUUGGUCUCCGCAAGUCUGCACAGAUCCCUACGGAUAUGCGAUCUGCCGCGCUCUGCCUCUUGUCGACUCUGCCCCUGCCUCUCCUCAUCCAGUACAUCUACCCCAAGAUGUACUCUCUCCACGACAUGCCCGACAAUGCAGGUAUCCCAGACGAGCAGACCGGCGAGAUCGUGCUUCCUCCCGCCGUCAACCUUUCCUCCAAGUCCAUUGCCAACUACGGUCUGUACCUCAUCGACGACGGCCAGACCCAAUUCCUGUGGGUUGGCCAUAACGCCGUGCCUCAGCUCAUCAUGGACGUGUUCGGGGUGCCGAGCAAGGACGAACUGCGGGUGGGCAAGCAGACCCUCCCCGAAGUGGACAACGAGUUCAAUCAGCGCGUGCGUAACGUGAUCGAGAAGAGCCGCGACCACCGGUCCAAGGGUGUGGGCAGCAUGAUCGUGCCUCACCUGUACGUGGUUCGCGAGGAUGGCGAGCCCGGCCUGCGUCUUUGGGCACAGUCGACCCUGGUGGAGGACCGGGCAGACCAGAGCCCGAGCCUGGAGCAGUGGAUGGGUACUUUGCGGGAGAAGGUAUGA